AUGAAUGCCAUAGCUUGGAACUGUCGAGGUGUGGGCUCAUCUCAGGCAGUUCGUCUUUUGAAAGAGAUGAUUACGUCUCAUAAGCCUGAUGUAUUGUUUUUAUCUGAAACUUUAGCAGAUAGUAAUAAAAUUGCAAUGCUUGCAAGAAAGAUUGGUUUUUCUAAUUACUUUUCAGUAGAGAAGCAGGUCCAGGAGAGAUCAGGGGAUAAGUGGCAGUUAACGUGUUUUUAUGGCUUCCCCGAGCGGGAGAGAAGGCAAGAAUCUUGGGACUUUCUUCGACAUUUGUCUUCUAUUUCUCAGUUGGCAUGGUGUGUGUUUGGAGACUUCAACGAUCUUCUCUAUAGCAGUGAUAAAAAGGGGAGAAAUGAGCAUCCGAUUAGUCUGAUGGAAGGUUAUCGUAGUGCAAUUGAAGAUAGUUCGUUGAUAGAGCUGGAGCUUAAAGGAGGUGAAUUUACUUGGGAAAAAAGUAAGGGCACGUCAAGUUGGGUUAGGGAGAGGUUGGACAGAUGUUUUGCAACUGAUGCAUGGUGGGGUAAGUUUCCGUUAUGCAUGCUUUCUGUCUUUCAGGUCACUAAAUCAGACCAUGACCCAAUCAAGUUAGAGUUGAUGAGUACAUCCAUUUCGAAGAAGCAGUUCAGAUUUCGUUUUGAGAAUACAUGGUUGAAGGAGGCCAAUUUUCAUGCAGAGAUAUCAGGUUUCUGGCAACAACUUCCAGCUCUUCAUUUGAUUCCGAAGCUAAUCGAGCUGUCUAGGUACAUGGCCCACUGGGGCAGAGAUUUCUUCAAUAAAUUCAGGGAAAAAGUUGUUAGACAGAAAAAGAUUAUUGAAGAUCUAAAAGACAGGGAAGACGAUGAUGGUAUCCAGCUAUACUUUGAUGAGAAGGAAAAUUUAAAUGAAUUGCUAGCUAACGAGGAAGUUUACUGGAAACAAAGAGCUAAGAAAUUCUGGCUUAAGGAGGGCGUUACAAAUUCUCGAUUCUUCCAUGCAGCAGCGUCCAGCAGGAAAAAAUUGAAUCAUAUCUCAAGUCUAAAGGCAGAAGAUGGGACUAUGGUGUCAAGUCAUGAAGAAUUUACUAAAGCGGUUAAAGAUAUGCACCCAGAUAAAGCCAGUGGACCGGACGGUCUUAAUCCGGCUUUCUUUCAACAUUUCUGGAAGCUCCUUGCUAAAGUCCUGGCAAAUAGGCUGCAAAAAAUCCUCCCUCAAAUCAUAUCGGAAGAGCAGUCAGCCUUUGUCCCUGGUAGAAAUAUUACGGACAAUGUGUUGGUAGCGUUUGAAAUUCUGCAUUAUAUGAAAAGAAAGUACAGUGGCCAGGAUGGUGUGGUGGCACUAAAACUCGACAUCAGUAAAGCGUAUGAUCGAGUCAGCUGGGAUUAUCUUCGUUACAGAAUGAAAGCUAUGGGUUUCUCAGAUAAAUGGAUAAAGUGGGGCUCAAUGAUAGGGCCUAUAAAUCCUACUCGUGGUCUACGGCAAGGGGAUCCUUUGUCUCCAUACCUAUUUUUGUUGUGUGUUGAGGGCUUAUCUAAAGAUCUAAGCUUAGCCGGUAGCUCUGGAAGUAUCACUGGAUGUAAAAUAAGCAAUACAGCCCCAGCAAUAUCGCACUUGCUUUUUGCUGAUGACAGUUUCUUGUUCUUUAAGGCCUCGAUCAAUGAAGCGGUUGAAGUGAAAAGAAUUCUGAAUGAGUAUGAGGGCUAUUCUGGUCAAGCUGUCAACUACCAGAAAUCUGCCAUAUUUUUCAGCUCCAAUGUAAGGACGGAUAAGCAAGGAGAAAUCAAAGAGAAGCUUGGGGUUAUGAAGGACAUAGGAGACUUAAGGAGAAGGUAA